AUGGUUGAGAAGUGUGUCAGUACCACUGUUGCAGUCUCUGGGGAAACUAAAGAAUCAGUGAGAUCUCAUACAGAGUCCACAACUUCCACAGGAGGCAGUGAAACUACCCAUGCAGAAGUUCGAACAGAGGCUACAACUCGAACAGAGAAUAAUGAGACCCAAGGAAGCAGAGCCACAGCAGGUACCACCCAUGCAGCUAUAAGUGUGACCGAGGCAUCUGGAAGUCCCAGCAGCGAAACCACAGCUUCCACGGGAGUCAGUGAAGCCAUGGUCACAGGAAACAAUGCAGAAACCACUACAUCAGCUGGAGGAAAUACGGGCUCGGAGAGUUCUACUUCAGGAGUCCCCACAGAAGCACCAGGCAGCCAAAGCACAGGAGGAAAAACAGACUCCACGUCAACAGCAGCUGUCGUCACAACCAGUGCCCGCGUGUCCCAGCCAGAAACCGCUACCAAAGCAACAGAGGGUCAAGACACUGGAAAGGAAACAGUGUGUCCAGGCACGCUUCCACCAGCCCCAGUGUGUCAUGGUCCACUGGGAGAAGAGAAAUCACCUGGAGACACAUGGAUAUCUAACUGCCACCAGUGUACCUGUACUGACGCACAGGCUGUGGACUGCAAACCCAAAGAGUGUCCUUCUCCGCCCACCUGCCAAACUGGAGAGAAGCUUAUGAUAUUCAAAUCGAAUGACUCCUGCUGUGACAUCGGCCACUGUGAACCAAGAACCUGUUUAUUUAACAAUACAGAUUAUGAGAUUGGUGCAUCCUUUGAUGAUCCUAGCAACCCAUGUGUCUCCUACACCUGCAACAGCACUGGCUUGGUGGCCGUGGUUCAGGACUGCCCAAAACAAACGUGGUGUGCAGAAGUAAGUCACGGUCGUAACAUGGGCGAGCAAGCCCGCCACUCAAGCUCAACUCAGCCCCUUCUCAUCUUUCUGCUCCUUUGGGAAAGUAGGCCUUUGACCAAGAGAUAG